AUUUCCUGUUCAUCAGAGAAAGUAGGCGGGUUCGUUACUUCCUUUCUCCCGCGCGCGAAAUCAGUUCGGUGCAGGAAGCCUGGAAAAGUGCUCGACUUUGGGAACCAUCAAUUGUCGCAAUCUGAAAACAUCUACAUUGAAAUGGCAGAUCCGAAGGACACACCAGAGGAGCAUGAUGCCUCUACAGAGAAUGCAGAAGACUCAAACCAUGAUCCCCAUUUUGAGCCCAUUGUGUCACUUCCAGUACAAGAUGUGAAGACGCUUGAGGAGGAUGAGGAAGAAAUUUUUAAAAUGCGAGCAAAGCUCUACCGUUUUGCUAGUGAAAAUGACCCACCAGAAUGGAAGGAGCGUGGUACGGGUGACGUGAAACUUUUGCGACACAAAGAUAAGGGUUCCGUCCGUCUACUGAUGAGGAGAGACCGCACUCUGAAGAUCUGUGCCAACCACAACAUUAUGCCUUUGAUGGAGCUGAAACCCAAUGCUGGCAGUGACAGGGCCUGGGUGUGGAACACACAUGCUGACUUUGCAGAUGAGGAGCCCAAACCAGAACUCCUGGCACUUAGAUUCCUAAAUGCAGAAAAUGCCCAGAAGUUCAAGGCAAAGUUCGAUGAGUGCAAAGAAGAAGUUAGACAAUUCCUAGAAAAAGAAGAAAAAUCUGCUGGUGACAGCGAUGGUGCAGAUAAAGUGGCUGACAAACUGGAGGAACUCUCAGUAAAAGAGAACAAAGAUGACGCCAAGACAACGGAUGGGCAGAAAGAGGAGGUGAAGGCCGAGGAUGAGAAGAAAUGAGGUCCGGACGGCUUCACUCAGAUCUUCAACUUGUCAUUUCCCCCUUUUUUCUACAAUAGACUCUGAAACUGAAUUUGGACACUUGCUUUUUUGUUUGACUUUUGUUUUUGUUUUGUUUAUUUUAUUCGUUUGCCUUUUGAGAUCACAAGACCUUGGUGCCACACUUCAACAAAUGUGUCCAUUCCUCAAUCAAGAUGUUAAGUGCUUAUCUUGCCCUUCUCACCUGCCCUGUUUUCUUCAUGGUGAAAAUAAAUUGGAUUCGCUCUGGCCAUCUGUAACUCAAAAGUAUCGACAAGACAUGCUGUGAAAGAGGCUUGUGGUAUUGAUUGAUUCCCACAUUGGGUAAUUUUUACUUCUUUUUUUUUCCUUUCUUUCUUUUUUUAUAAACAUUCUAAAGUAACUGUGAGUGCUGUUAAGAUCGGGUGUAAGUAGUCUGGAUGGGUUUGAGGCAUGACGAAUGACCUUUUUCAAAUGUGGACUUGGAUAUUGGAUGCAAGAUAUUAAACAGAUGAAAAUCUA